UGCCGUCGGUUCGCUGUCAAACACUAACACCAACAAAAGUUGUACGCAAGAGAAAGUGCUUGAGCCAUUUUGGAAAAUACAAUUCCGCCAUAUUUACCGGCAAAAUUCAAAAUAUUUACAUUGCUAGUAAACAUAUAUCGACAUAUACGCACCAUUGUGUAAUAAUCAGGCCGUGUGGUAUCUCAAGACGAUCAAAAAGCGACACAUUUGCCAGACAACGUCUGCUACUGCCGCUGCUGCCGUCGACGCAGCGCCCCACGCACCGAUGACAAUAUAGGAUAGAAGUAAAGAAGGCAACACACAAAACACAACGCAACAAACGAUUUGAAACGCAAUUGGGCUGCGGUGGGCCCCAUCCACAAAUUUGUUGUGGCAUAUACACACGAACGAGCGCGCGCCUACACACACACACACAGUGACGCACACAGUUACAGACAGACAGACACAAACAAACAUACAUAAAGAGCAAGAAAAGAAACACGCCAAACGACGACGACGACGUCAACGACGAUGACAAGUCAUCAUCAAGGCGGCAAAUAUCAGGCUAGAGCGCCACCAAUUGUUAAGAACUUAUCAUUGGCAGCAGCAGCAGUACCAUUGCCUCUGCCGCUGCCUCUUUCCCUGCCCAUGUCGAUGUCGAUGUCCUCCUCGGCCGUGCACAAUCACAAUACAAAUACAACAUCGCCGUUGUAUUUUACCCAUGUUCUGCCACCGACAGCGGCAAUUGUGGAGCAUCAGCAUCCCUAUAGCACGGAACUGGAUGGCACGGAACAUAUGGGAAAUGCUGGCGACAAUGGCAGCUUUCUAAUCGAGGAAAUCAUCGAUGAUUAUGAUGAUGAAGCCAAUAUAGUUGUUGACACGGGUGAGUUUUUUAUAUCUGGCGAUGUCUACGAAUACUAUCCGGUGGAUCGCAUGGAUAGACUCGGCUCCUCCGUUGGCAUGGCCACGGCAGACGCACUGCCGCCGCCGAUAAUCAUGCAACAGCAAGAGCAGGCCACCGAUGAUGAGGAGGAUGAUGAUGAGCAACAUAUGGAUGCGGAUAUGCGUCUGUCAUCCGGCGAGGAGGAGGUGGAGGAGGAGGAUGGGUCGCCUGUCAUGCAACGCGAUGCGAAUGCCUUUGAGAUUGCCUCGGAAAUGUUAACCACCAUUGAGGCGACGGCCGAAACCAUCAAAGAGGAGCAGCUAGAGAACGAUUACUAUAUGAAAUCAACGGAUGAUUCCAAUAGCUGUCACGUACAGGACUUUAAGCCCUUUGGCAGAACUCAACGUCAAGCCAACAGCAACAUCAGCAAUAGCAACAGCUGCAACAACACUAGCAACAGCAAUGGAACUGCAAAGCGUUGGAAGCAAACCAAAGUGCCCAUACGCAUCACGGAGGAUCAGUUCAAUGUGACGCUUUGGUCAUCGUUGAACUCGGAGGAUGAGGAUGAAGAGGAACUGGACCUGGAUGAUCCACAUGUGCAGCAUAAACCGAAUGUCAAGCCAAAAAUGGUCCUGGAUCAUAUGAUACAUCAUGAUGUUCUCAACGAUGGUAUUGGAAAUGAAUAUGUUAUAUUACCGGAUCCGUUUAGUGCUGCAGCUGUAACGGAUGUGGAAGAGGUGGUAAAUGCAUAUAUGCGGGAUGGUGAAGGCGAUGGCGAAGAUGUCAAGGAACAGGUCGAGGAGGAGGACAGUCAAUCGCUAAGCGAGCAAUAUCAGCUGGAUGAAGCAUACGGAAGCAUUGAGCUAAUUGAGAACAUGCCUCAUCCCGUUGAACUAAUGACUGUGCCCGCAUCCACACCUGCUAAUCCCACAAUAACAACAGCUGCAGCAACAACAGCGGCAACUAAAACUCUACCCAAGUUGGUAUUGCAAAACAGCAGCACCAAUGUGCGUCUGAAAGCAAAUAACAAUAAUGUAAACAACCAUAAGGCAAUUAAGCGUCAUUUGGCAACCCAACCUCCACCGUUGGCACCAGCCAGUGGCAGCAACAAUGCCAUGCCACAACAGCUGCAGCAUCAACAUCAACAACAGCAGCGUGGCAACCAGCAAGCUGCAACCAUGACAGCAGCAACUCCGCCAACCGAGGAUGAUGAGGAGCCCAAGUUUCGAUGCACACAUCGUGGCUGCAACAAGGAAUUCCGUAAUCACUCCGCCAUGCGGAAGCACAUGCAUACGCAUGGCCCGCGUGGUCAUGUGUGCAACGUCUGCGGCAAGAGUUUUGUGGAGAGCUCAAAGCUAAAGCGUCACCAGCUGGUCCAUACUGGUGAGAAGCCGUUCGAGUGCACGUUCGAGGGAUGUGGCAAGCGAUUCUCGUUGGAUUUCAAUUUGCGUACUCAUGUGCGCAUUCACACUGGAGAUCGGCCAUAUCAUUGCCCCAUCGAUGGCUGCUCCAAGUGCUUUGCCCAGUCCACCAAUCUCAAGUCGCAUAUGCUGACACACACAAAGCCCAAGCGAAAAUGGCCAAGGGCACCUCAAGUGAGCAACAAAACGCCGCUGGUGGCCCGCUAUGGACGCUUGGAAUUCGGAGAGGAUCCAACACUGGUCUAUGUCGAGUCUAAUGAGGAGCUGGCGUCGGUGCUGCUGGAUAGCACGUCGACACCAUCCUAACAAGCAAUGCCAAUGGCUGUUGUGAUCUGAAUGAAAAAGAUGAAAGCCUGUUUUUUAGAGAAGCUUCUGUCUGUACAGUUAGUUGUAAGAUAUUUAGUUUUAUAAACAGGCAAUGUGGCCGGAUUUCCGGGGGAUACGCACCUGGUGUUAAUCCCUCUGCUGCCGAUGCUGCUUAACGCCCCACAACAAAAUAAUUGCUAAGUUUUAUGCUAAUGAGAAUGAUAAGUUGGAUAAGUUGAAGUUGGAUUGAUUGGAAUGCCCGGCACGAUGGUCAACAAAAUUUUAGAAUUAGUUUUUUAUACUCUUAAGCAAACAAAGUAUGUAUGUACCCAUUUACCCAUUAUCAUCCCUCCCACGAAUCCUUCAGAACAGCGCUAUCCUAAUUUACUUUCACUCUGGUAAAACUACAUACUGUUUAGCGUUUUGUUUCUGAUUCUGAUCGAACUCUGAUCUUAAUCCGUGCGGCCACUCGAAUAACAAAAGGCUGCACAAUUUUUCUAUACAUCUUACAAAUACAAUUACUAUAUUUAAUACACAUAAACAUCUAAUAACAAUAGGCUAUAUUUUUGUAAUGAAAUUGUAACAUUUAGUGCAUUGAAGUGCGAAAGUAAAGAAUAUAUAUA